CCGUUUCAGCCGGAACAUUUGGAAUUGUAAAGAUUGCUGAACGUACGAGGGGGGUAGCAUAAAGGAACGAAGGCUGGAUAAGUUAGGGCUUAGCAUAUUCAACUUACUGUUUUUGCUAUUUAGGGUUUGGUUGUUCCUGUAGCCUUGAAUUUGUUGCAGGUUUAGGGGUUUGUGCUUUCUCAUGCGCGGUUAAAAUUGGAGAUGAGUAAUGCCAACGAAAGCGAGGAAUCUGGCCAGAAAGUGCCAGAGGGUGGGGACCAAAGCAAGCAAUUGAUUGAUGCACAGGUUCAACUCGAUGCUGCUUCUACUUCUUUUCCAGAAGAAAUAGCUACGAAUCUUGUUGAAAAUGUGAAGGUAGAGGCACCUCCUGGUGAUAAAAAUCUGGAACCAGGGAUUAUGUCGGAGGGUACUCAACAACAAGAAGCUCAAAAUAUUCUUCACCCCGUCCCAGUUGAAUCCAAUGGUCAUAUUUUGGUUAAAACCGAGUCAGAACACGUAUCAGAUGUGAAGAAUGAGGUCAAAGAAUUAUCACAGGCACAUACGGGCAUAGAGCGUGACGCUGCUGUUGGUGAGAAAAAUGCGGAUACUGCUGAAACAGUUAAGGAUGUCAAGCCUGAAGCUUGUGAAGUCACUGCCAGUAAAACUUGCAACAAUGGUGAUUCCUCACCCUCGGGUCAUAACGAACUUGCAACGCUGCAAUCUGUUCCCGUUGAUACAAAAGCUGGGAUUGAGAAUGGCAUAAAAGUUGAGAGUAAGGUCCAUGAAGAGCAUGCUGCAACACUUGUAGAUAAAGGGAAUUCAAACACAAAGCACUCUUUUUUAGAUGUUGACUAUGAUGGGAAUGAGUCAGGUACCGAAGCAGAGCAGUCUGCUUUUAUGAAGGAGCUUGAAAAUUUCUUUAGGGAGAGGAGCAUGGAAUUUAAACCUCCUAAGUUCUAUGGAGAGGGGCUUAAUUGUCUAAAGUUGUGGAGAGCGGUGACCAGAUUGGGUGGCUAUGACAAGGUAACCUCAUGUAAGUUAUGGCGGCAAGUUGGAGAAUCAUUCAAGCCUCCAAAGACAUGUACAACUGUAUCAUGGACAUUUCGAGGAUUUUAUGAAAAGGCUCUUCUUGAUUAUGAAAGGCAUAAAACAAAAGGUGGUGAGCUUACUGUUCCUAUUGCUUCUCAUUCAGAGCCUAUAAAUAUUGAAAAUCAGGCUUCAGCAUCAGGUAGGGCACGGAGAGAUGCUGCAGCACGGGCCAUGCAAGGUUGGCACUCACAACGCCUUCUUGGCAAUGGUGAAGUUAGUGACCCAAUUAUUAAGGAUAGGACAUCCAUGCCCAUGCAGAAGCGUGAAAAGCAGCUUAAAAGCAUCAACUUAUUAAAACGCAAGAAACCAUCUUACAUGGAUAAUGCAGUCAAAGCAGCACGCAGUAAACCAUCAAAGCCACAAUUGGACACAGCAGUUGUUGAUGUGGGACCUCCUGCUGAUUGGGUAAAGAUAAAUGUCCAAAAAACUAAAGAUUGUUUUGAGGUCUACGCAUUAGUUCCUGGCCUUCUACGAGAAGAGGUCCGUGUUCAGUCAGAUCCAGCAGGACGCUUGGUCAUUAGUGGUGAACCUGAGCAUCCUGAUAAUCCUUGGGGGGUGACACCUUUCAAAAAGGUUGUAAGCUUGCCUUCAAGGAUUGAUCCUCAUCAGACAUCGGCUGUGGUUACAUUGCACGGACAGCUGUUUGUUCGUGUCCCAUUUGAACAAUCAGAGUAGUGGUUGCUGUUGCAUACGUGAUUUGUUCAACUUGAUCCCAUUUAGAGAAAUGGAUCCCGCCUUUUAGUAGACAACUUUUCGAGCUCAGUGGAGUGUAUAUUCUAUGUUAAUUAAUGUUUAAUAUUUUAGUAUAUGUUUUCUCAAGAAUUGCAUUGUGAUCCUGUCUCAAAUAUUUUAUAGUUAGGAUUUUACUGUAGUAUAUCUCAAAUAUUAUGUAGCUAGCUGUUGAUUUUUUUUC